UUCUGGAGGCUCGACCAUUUUGCUCCUCUCAGACGGAGUACAUUUCACGGUGUCUCACCCACGUGUUUGUACGUGUGCGUGCUCUGUCACGUCUCGAGGAACUUCACAGUCGUUGACCGGUAACUGGACCCAGUGAAGAACAGAAGAGGAUCGGAAGCUGGAGCGUUCCCGGACACGCCAGUUAUACGUAGAAAGUGUUAGGACAAUCGAGAUCCUAUAGAAAUGGUCGUCCCCACAGAGCACGCCCUCAACGAGGCCAUACAGGUAGCACCGUUGGGACUUUUGGACGACGUAAGGCAACAAAAGAUCGACAAAAAAUUGGCCGGAUUGCGAUUCACGGCCGCCACCGUGAGGAAGAUCCAGGAUGUGUUUCUAUCGGAGAUGAACAAAGGGAUACAUCGGUGUCCGUCGUCGUUGCAGAUGGAGAAUACUUACGUCCCUGAGCUACUCGAUGGCACAGAGGAGGGUUUGUACUUGGGGCUGGAUCUCGGUGGCACGCAUCUCCGGGUGCUUCUUUUGGAGUUGGCCCAUGGUACACCUAUACGGGAGCAAGUGAAGAAAUACCACAUUAACUCUGAUUUGAGAGUGGGCUCGGCGAUUCGUCUGUUUGAUUAUCUGGCGGAAUGCGUCAGUGAUUUCGUCAUUGAGCAGGGUCUUCAGGAUGUAGAGCUUCCCCUUGGAUUCACCUUCUCCUUUCCUAUGAUUCAACACUCGUUGGAUAUCGGGAUGUUAGUGACGUGGACCAAAACUUUCAAUUGUCCCGAUGCUAUGAACGUGGAUGUGGUGAAUUUGCUCCGUGAAGCUUUAGAUCGUCGAGGAGACACUAAAGUGAAGGUAAUUGCUAUUUUGAACGACACCACGGGAACAUUAAUCCAAGGAUCGACGUUAGAUCAUAAUACUGCGAUUGGACUUAUUUUGGGUACCGGUAGCAAUGCAUGUUAUCUCGAACGAGCCGACAGAGUCGAGCAUUGGGAGACUGAGAGGCACGGAGAACGAGAGGUUAUUAUUGAUAUUGAAUGGGGUGCAUUCGGGGAUAACGGCGUCCUGGACUUCAUCAAGACAGAUUACGAUCGCGAGAACGACGCGAACUCUCUUAUUGCAAAUUCAUUCACGUUUGAAAAAUAUAUUAGCGGGAAAUACUUAGGCGAGAUUGUGCGAGUGGUGCUCGCAAAGUUAACCAAAGAUGGGCUCUUAUUCGUAGGAGAACACACGCCUGGAUCUCUCUUGGUACCUGGAAAUCUUACUAGCGAUUUAGUAUCGGACAUCGAGCAGGACUCGGUGGACGGUGGUAAUAGCAGUACUAGGAAAGUUCUGAUGAAGUUCGGUAUCAUUCCUGACGAAGAGGAUGUUAAAAUUGUACAAUAUGUUUGCGAAGUUGUAUCGAAUCGUGCAGCUCUUCUAGUUUCUAUAUGUCUAGCAGUUCUAUUAAAGCGAAUCGACAAGGAAUCUGUAACUAUCGCUGUAGAUGGAUCUCUUUACAAACAUCAUCCUCGACUAGAGACGUGGAUCAAACAAUAUAUUCCUCUGUUAGCUCCUAAACACGAGUUCAAGAUGAUCCACGCCGAGGAUGGAAGCGGAAAGGGUGCUGCGCUGGUUGCUGCAAUCGCACAAAGACUCCAAGAAAGAUUAAAUUAGUAGUUAUUAAAAGUUUUAAAGUACGCCGGCAUGUAAUGGGUUUUUCAUUAGUGGCGUAAACGAUACGCACCGGAUCUCUGAUUAAGCGAUUUUUUCGGAGAACAGUGUAAUUUUGACGGCCAUGUACAGUCACAUUCCCUAUGUUAAUAAUGUCACGAAUCAUGUUGCUGACCUUCCACGUUCGAAGUUCUUGCAUACAUUUUUUUUCGUUUAUGUUUUUAAAGACAUUAGGUUCAAAUUAUUCUACCAAAAGUGUUGUUGCUAAGAGCAUUUUGUUGUUAUUUGUUGUUAUACGCUCGCGUCACAGAGAGAUAUUUAAAGAAGAGCUAGAACAAUGUACUGUAUAUCUUUGUAAGGAAAAACUUUUUGAAAAUGUAUAAUUCCUAUGUGGAAUUAGCGUGGAUUUUAUCAU